CCAGAAAGUGGGCCACAGUCACACCACUGGCUACCACGACCUCCAUUUUUUCUUUAAUGCUUUUUAGAGGACCAGUUGCAGGGGUCUGAACUCUGAAGUAAGAAAGUCGACACAUUCUUGGUGAGCAUACUUGGGGUUCGAGAAUAUCUGAAGGAAGCAGCUUUGGUCACUCUUCACUAUGCAUCCGUUGCGGAUAUCGUCCACAAUUUUCCUGAAAUGAGUAUCUUUAAAUUCUCAUUUUUCACUGUCUUUGAUCUUUGUAGUGGUUGGAGUGAUUCAGUUUGCAUUGCAGCCCUGAUUUCUUUUUAGGUUUGUUCUUCACGUUCUCUUUGUAGUUGUCUCACGCUUUACUGUUUUAGGAAAUGGGUAUCUGUACAUUUUGUUCUUUUUGGUUUUUUGUGAUCAUGAUUGCUUUUUGCAGUAUUAUAGGAAGAUUUCUUAUGGGGUAUCAUUUUCCCCUCUUCUAGGAAAGGUUUUGGGGUUGUUUGCUGCGUGGAGGUUGCUGUACAGAUGACAAGGAAGCACCCAUAAUGGAACACGGAAAGCUAACUUUGCAAAGCCCAUGUACCUAUAACCCUGGACAUGGGUACUCCCAGUAGUGAAUAUUCUGCUCCCGAAGUAACGGAUUUUGGCGAGAUUAACGACCUCAGUGACUCUGAUAACUCUAAUCGUACAUUUAUUUCUAACGAUGAAGUGGAGGAAACUGAAGUUGUGAGUAUGGAUGGAGGCAUCCAAGAGGAACAGAGAGAAGAAGGAAAGGAUGUAGAUGGGAAAGGGGCAGCCACUCUUCCGGCUGCUGAAUCAUCUCCAGUCGUUUCUUUUAAAAGUGACGAAGUCGUGGGAAAAUCAAAUGGAACUUUGCUAGUAACUCCAGUUGUUCCCAUUUUGUCGUCAUCCAUGGGGGUGAGAAAGGUAGAGUUAGGCUCCGAACCGAACACUUCCUAUGCCUUACAUGGUGGUUUGGUGAUUACCAAUGAGCCGAGACAAAAGCAUUGGAUGAGGAAUAAGAUUGCUGAGAGCGUUUACAGGGUUGAUUGGAAUGGCAUUCCUUCUGGUUCUAUGAGACCUCGGUGGCCAUCGCCACGGGACAAGGAGCUAUUAUCUGCAAGGAAAGAAAUUCAAAAUGCACCUAUGAUAAGAAACGAUCGCGAUCUUUUCGCGCCAGUAUUUCGUAAUGUCUCCAUGUUCAAGAGGAGUUACGAACUAAUGGAGCAAAUGUUCAAGGUUUAUAUCUAUAAGGAAGGAAGCAAACCCAUUUUCCACAAACCAUUUUUCAGGGGCAUUUAUGCUUCUGAGGGAUGGUUUAUGAAACAGAUGGAAGGGAACAGAAGAUUUGUUGUUAAGGACCCAAGAAAAGCUCACAUGUUUUACUUGCCCUACAGUUCCUCCAUGAUGCGGGAGUUGCUGUAUGUACCUAAUUCACAUAGGGUAAUUCCUUUAGCUGUAUUCUUAAAAGACUACGUUGACCUGCUGUCUAGAAAAUAUCGUUUCUGGAAUAGAACCGGAGGUGCUGACCACUUUAUUGUUGCCUGCCAUAACUGGGGACCAUUUGCAACGAAGUUGCAUCGUGAACUUCGAAAGCAUGCAAUCAAAGCUAUAUGCAAUGCAGAUGUCUCACAAGGCUUCUUCAAAUUGGGUAAAGAUGUUUCUCUUCCACAGACGAACAUUCGUUCUGGACGAAAUCCUCUGAGGGAUGUUGGAGGUAAUCCUGCAUCUCAAAGGCCAACCCUCGCCUUCUUUGCUGGACGAAUGCAUGGUUAUCUUAGACCCAUUUUGCUUAAUCACUGGGAGAAGAAAGAUACUGACAUGAAAAUCUAUGGAGCUAUGCCCCGUGGAGUCGCAAGCAAACUUUCCUACAUAGAACACAUGAAAUCUAGCAAGUACUGCAUCUGUCCUAGAGGUUACGAGGUCAACAGUCCGCGGAUCCUUGAGGCAAUAUACUAUGAGUGUGUUCCUGUAAUUAUAUCAGACAAUUUCGUUCCACCUUUCUUUGAAGUCCUAAAUUGGGAUGCUUUUUCAGUCAUUAUACCUGAGAAGGACAUUCCCAAGUUGAAGGAAAUAUUGUUGUCAAUCCCAGAGAAGAAGUAUCUUAUGCUGCAGACGGGGGUGAAAAGAGUUCAAAAACACUUCCUGUGGCAUCUAAAGCCUGUCAAGUAUGACAUAUUUCAUAUGAUUCUUCAUUCAAUUUGGUUUAACCGAUUAUAUCAGAUAAAAGGUUAGAAGUUUCAGAGCUUUGACAUUGGAAGAUGGGAGCCUCAAAAGGACCUGCGUUAUGCUUGCAUGCUAAGAAGUCAGUCAGCAAAGACCGUGCCAUGUUCAGUCUCAUUGAAUCUAUUUACAUCGCUUCCUUUUUCUAGAUUGUAUAUAUCUUGUUGUUUUCCUGUAUAUUUCAGAGAGUGAACUGAAGUCCUUUUCAUGCUUUAUUUGCA